ACCGAUAAUCGCGUGAAGACCAGUCACGAGUCACAACCCCGUCCACCAGGCGAGAAGGCAGAGUGGGGUUAUCAAAAGGUCGAAGGCCGGAUGAACAGAAGAGGGGAGAGCGCUGAGCUGAGGCAGACCGGGGGGGAGGUGAGGAAUAAGAAGAAGAGCAGAAGGGAAGUGACUAAGUACGGAGGACUGGAGGAACAGGAGGAGAGACGAGCGAGAGAUGGACGGUGA